AUGUCCACGCUAUGUGUUUGUGCUUCUUGUACAGCAGCAAGACAGUCUGGUAGAGCACCAAGAAACACUCCAGGAAACGCCAAUACUGAUUCUACUGCCAAUUCAAAUCCAGGAUUAAUCCGGCCUCUUCCUCCACCUCGAGGAUUACCAAACACUUCUUCACUUUCCCAAAAUGUGCGGCCUCCGCCAGUUCCAGAUCUCCACGCCAGACUAGGAUGGACACCAACUCACUCCUCACUCAUCAACCGCAGAAAUCCAGACCCGAUACCCAGGACUUACCUGAACCCUCUCACAUCCACCACCUCCUUCCCCAACUUCCUCAAACUCCCCAUCGAACUACGCGUCAGAAUCUGGGCAUUCUCCACCCCAUCACCCCGAGUAAUUGAGCUCCGAACCUGGAAAUCCACCCAAUCCCUCUCCCCCCUAAAAAUCAGCGCAGGACCACAUUCCGUCCCUUCAAUCCUCCAUGCAUGUCGCGAAUCCCGCGCUGAAGGUCUCCGCAUCUACCAACUGGAGGAAAUUGGAAUAUCCCAAUGGAAAAACUACCACAGUUCUAAAACCUACAUCCCAUGGCGCUAUCAUCCCGCAAACAAGCACGCAGAUCCCGAAUACCAAGUCUCCGGAACAUAUCCACGCAUCUGGCGUCGUGGGUGUUGUCCGCGAGAUCAUUUCACUCGUAGUCGGACGCCUACGGAUCUCGUCAUGCCAUAUGCACCUCAAAGGAUCUAUCUCGACUACACACGCGACAUCAUCUACCUGGGCCCCGAUUUCUCUCCUCAUUUCCUGCAUGAAUUCCUCGUCUCCCCGUCACGCUUUCUCGAAAUUUCAAAGAUCCAUUAUCUGGCCCUUGAUAGGAAACAAUGGAUCCAUUCCAACCAAGAAGCUUUGAGAAAUAAUUUAUAUACGUUACGAUCCCGCCCUAUCAAGCAGAUAUACAUCGUCCCCGAUGAUUGCGAGGGCUUUCUAGAAGAUCGCUGGUAUUACGGAAAACACGCCCUCACAUUCAAAGACCCAGCUCUUCACUACCAAUUCACGCCCAUUGGAACCACAGGAAUCGCUAAAACCGCAGCUGAAAAUCUGCAGGACUGGGUUGAUAGGGUUUGGCCGAGUAAAUCUCGAGCUGGUAGUAAUUCCAGAGACACGACUUUACAGGAUGGGAUUCCGCCGAAGAUAUGUAUUAAAAGUGUUAGGAGAGCGGGCAUGUCGAUGAGUGAUUAUAAGGAGGGUGUAAUGAAGAUUCAAAGGGCUUUCGGGGGUAUGGAGGCGUGGCGGACGUGGAGUCCUGCAGAGGAGUUGCAGCGCUGA